AUGAAAUUCUAUACUAUUUUACCAUUUAUUGCUGCUGUUUUAGCUACUGUUUCAAAUCUUACUUUAUAUGUUAAAUCCAAUGAUAAAGGAAUUCACAAUAAGGUAGUUAAUUCCAUUCAUGAAGGAGCAGCAGUUAAUUAUCUUUUUUUGAGUAAUUCAACUCAAAAAUUCCAAUAUAAUUCAACAGCUAAGUCACUUUAUGCAAUUGUUGAAAUUGGAGGUGGUCCAGAACCUUUUUAUUUUGGUACUUUCGAAGAUAAAAAUUAUCAGGUUAUAGCUGGUUUAGAAGAUGAAGCUCUCGGUGUUGAAAUUGCGGAUAAUGGGGAACUUCAAUUUGAUGGUGAUGUUUAUGCUGCUAAGAACAUUAAAGAUCCUUAUGACUACUCAACUGAAGAUUACUUUUUAAUUGAUCAUGAAACUAAUGGUUCAAUUCCUGUAAAACUUUAUGCAAAAUUUAGUAACAAAAAUACAACAAAAGCUAAUUCAUCUAUAAGUAUUACUACCAAGAAUGAUGGUUCUUCAAUUGGAAAUAGCAUUGCUGUGAUUAUUGCUGCUUUCUUUGCCAUGACCUUCUAA